CUUAAAACGCCAGUCUAUUAGAAACCAUUGGAAGAUUCGUUGUGGUUAACCGCUUGUCAUUGUCGAUAUCUUGUUCACGAAUUACAUUGAUUUUCGUCGUUUCUUCGUUUUCUCCAGACAAACGAGACAAAGCCCGCCAAAAUGGUCUGGAUCACCGUUGAUGAUGAGAUGGCUGGCAAGCCGAGUGCUCAAACGAUAUACGCCCAAAGUCAGCUGGAUCACAUGUGCGCUCUGGAUAUCGACAGCCAAGUGUCUUUCGUCCGCUUAUCCGGCAUCAUUUGCACGAUCGGUCCCGCAUCCAGAUCUGUGGAGACUCUGGAGAAGAUGAUCGAAACAGGAAUGAACAUCGCCCGGAUGAAUUUCUCUCACGGAUCCCACGAAUAUCACGCGGAGACCAUCGCUAACGUUCGCGAGGCGCAAAAAAAUUUAACUGCUCGUGCUGGUAUCAAUAUUCCUGUUGCCAUUGCUCUCGACACGAAGGGUCCCGAAAUCCGUACUGGUCUCUUAGAAGGCGGUGGCUCAGCCGAGGUAGAACUAGUUAAGGGUCAGACUUUUAAGCUGUCCACCGACAAGGCAUAUCUGGAGAAAGGAAACGCUCAGGUUGUCUACGUUGAUUACGAAAAUAUUUCAAAGGUAUUAAAAGUUGGGAAUCGAGUGUUCGUGGACGACGGCUUGAUUUCUCUCAUCGUCUCUGCCGUCAGUCCCAAUUUAAUUUCGACCACUGUUGAAAACGGUGGUACGUUGGGUUCUCGCAAAGGCGUGAAUUUGCCGGGAGUCCCGGUGGAUCUUCCAGCAGUGUCAGAAAAAGAUAAGUCUGACCUUCAGUUUGGUGUCGAGCAAGAAGUCGAUAUGAUAUUCGCCUCCUUUAUCAGAAACGCUGCCGCGUUAACUGAGAUCCGCGAUAUUCUCGGCGCGAAGGGUAAAAAUAUCCAAAUCAUAUCGAAGAUUGAGAAUCAACAGGGUAUGGCGAAUCUCGACGAGAUCAUCGAGGCGUCCGAUGGCAUCAUGGUGGCGCGUGGUGACUUGGGUAUAGAAAUACCGCCGCAGAAGGUGUUCCUGGCACAAAAGUGUAUGAUCAGCAGGUGCAAUAAGGUUGGCAAACCGGUAAUUUGCGCUACGCAGAUGUUGGAAUCCAUGGUGAAAAAACCACGUGCUACGAGAGCUGAAACGUCGGACGUUGCCAAUGCCAUUCUCGAUGGUGCUGAUUGUGUUAUGCUGUCAGGUGAGACCGCGAAAGGAGAUUAUCCUUUGGAGUGCGUUCGUACGAUGGCCAAUAUUUGUAAGGAAGCGGAAGCCGCGAUCUAUCAAACUCAAAUUUUCCAUGAUCUAACGAGCAAAGCUCUGCCGCCUAUUGACGCCACACACGCUGUCGCUAUUGCCUCUGUAGAAGCGUCCGUUAAAUGCUUAGCCAGUGCCAUCGUUGUUAUUACGACAAGCGGUCGAUCUGCGCACCUGAUUUCGAAGUAUAGACCUCGUUGCCCGGUUAUUGCGGUUACUAGGUUCCAUCAAGUCGCUCGACAAGCGCAUUUGUACCGCGGAAUAUUGCCGUUGUAUUAUACAGAAGCACCAUUGGCCGAUUGGGUGAAGGACGUGGACGUGCGCGUCCAAUACGGAUUAAACUUUGGCAAACUUCGUGGUUUUGUAAAAACUGGCGAUUCCGUAGUAGUCGUGACAGGAUGGCGGAAGGGUUCAGGUUUCACGAAUACACUUCGCAUCGUGAACGUCGAAUAAACCGACACUAUACUGGAUGGGCGAUAUAGGAAGCAUGAUCUUUACAUGUAGAUGUAAUAUGUAAAAUUAUCGAGUAAUAUUUGAACAUGUAUGUAAUUGUACUUCAUCCUUCCACAAGUUCCAGUAAAUACAACUAUGUGAGAUUAUUUUAUUA